ACGGCACUGACGCACAAUAGUCGCGACUUGCCUCUAACGCCUCGGCGGCUGACGCGCAACGCGUCUGAUAGUGCAAUGAACUCAGGGCCCAUCGCCGUCCUCGACAAUGGUGGAUCGACUAUCAAAGCUGGCGUUGUAGUCGGCGAAGUACCUGAAAGAGAACAAGCAAGGCUCGUCCCAAACGCCGUCGCGCGUUCAAAGGGGGACAAGACUACCUACUUUGGACACGAGCUCGACCGGUGCCGCGAUUUUUCUGCCCUGCACUACCGCCUGCCGUUCGAAAAGGGCUACCUCGUCGAUUGGGACGCCCAGAAAGCGGUGUGGGACGGACUGUUCUCCGCCGAUGCCCUGGGAAUCAACACGUCCGAAUCGCGUCUCCUGAUCACGGAGCCUUACUUCAACCUGCCAAAUGUUCAGGACGUUUAUGAUCAGUUCGUCUUUGAGGAGUACGAGUUCCGAUCGUACUACCGCUGCACACCCGCUUCUUUGAUACCCUACGGGUCGCUCUUCAGUGAAACAAAGCAGCCUGCGCCUGAAUGUAUGCUCAUCAUCGAUUCGGGCUUCAGCUUUACGCAUGUGAUCCCAUUAAUCCAAAAUGAAAUUCAAUGGCACGCUGUGAAAAGACUCGACGUCGGAGGCAAAAUCCUUACUAAUCAGCUCAAGGAGAUCGUCUCGUACCGACAAUGGAACAUGAUGGACGAGACGUACAUCAUGAAUCACGUCAAGGAGACAUGCUGCUACGUCUCCAGCAACUUCAUGGACGACUUGGACGUGUGCAGGACAAACCCGAAGAAGAACCCGAUCGUCAGGGAGUACGUGCUCCCUAAUUUCACCAUCAACAAACAAGGCCGGCUCCGACAGCCCGACGAAGAGAUCUCGCAGGCCGAGCAGAUACUCACGAUGGGGAACGAGCGGUUCACGAUCCCAGAAAUACUCUUUCGUCCCGACGACAUCGGACUGGACCAAUCGGGCAUAGCCGCUACCGUAGCAUCGUCUAUUAAGCUGCUGCCAGAGGACAUCCAAGGCAUGUUUUGGUCAAACAUUGGCCUGAUCGGUGGCAAUACAAAGUUUCCUGGGUUUUAUGAAAGAUUGAUGUCUGAACUGCGUUCGCUCGCGCCCGUCGACUUUGAUGUGCGUGUGCAUCGCUGCGAAGAGCCAAUCACAGAAGCGUACCACUCCGCGCUCCGGUUUGUGGGAGAAACACCGUUCGCGGCAUGUGCCGUAACACGGGCAGAGUACCUCGAAAGCGGGAGCAAUGCCUCCCGGCGCAAGUUUCGUGAUUGGCGGGCGAACUCUGCUGGAAAGGAAGCCGAGAAGACCAAGGCAGCGGAGGACGAGGACGAGGACGCAGUGGCUCCACCUCCGCCUCCCAAGAAGCUGGCGCGGACGAAGAGUAAGACCGGUGCAGGGGGCUCCUCGAGUCGUCGCCGCUAGAUCUUUCUUUCUUGGAUACGUCAUGUACAGUGCGAAGUUUGUCGUUAUCAGAGUAGGCUUGCGCUUGUUUAUGCAUCACUUUGUGUUCGCCGC